CAGGAAAAAGUAGGGGAGGAGAAGGAGGUGUAAUUGUUAAUAUUGCUUCAAUCCUGGGACUGUUCUGCGCAGAACAACCGAAGGGGUUUCAGUACAACACUAGUAAGAGUGCAGUAGUAACCCUAUCCAGGUGUAUGGGUAAUAAGAGCUACUAUGAGAAGGAGAGGGUCCGUGUCUUAUGUCUGUGUCCAUCAGUAGCCCAGACUCCUAUACUGUCUGGAUGUACUGAUCAGGAGAUUGCAACUAUGAGUAAAGAUGUAGGCGGCAUCAUGAGCCCAGAUCAUGUGGCGAAUGCAUUUAUAUCUCUGUUAGAGGGAGGGAAAUCUGGUGAGGUCAUGGCGGUUUGGGUCAACUCGCCUCCUUACUAUAUUCCAGAUACUGGAAUGGCUCUGUUUAUCCUAUUUACAACCUGUGCAAUGAUUCUGUCCUGGGUACCAGGGGUUAAAACUGUCAGGAAUUGGCAGAUGGUUUUGGUGAUUUGCGGGAUUCUGUUCUCCUGGUAUUUGACAGGAUUACUUCUUUCAGCUGUUUAUAGUUUUAUUUUCUAGAUUUUAUUGUAACAACCAGAUUACUUGUGUUACAUUGUAAUUAUCUGGUUACUAUUUUGAAUAUCGAGUUAAUCAUGUUAACUCCUGAUAUCUUGAAAACUCAUAAUAGUAAAAUCUUGAUAAAUCCUGAUAUCUUGAUAACUCCUGAUAUCUUGUUAACUUCUGAUAUCUUUAUAACUCCUGAUAUCUUGAUAACUCCUGAUACCUUGAUAACUUCUGAUAUCUUGAUAACUCAUGAUAUCUUGAUAACUCCUGAUAUCUUGAUAACUCCUGAUAUCUUGAUAACUCCUGAUAUCUUGUUAUCUCCUGAUAUCUUGUUAUCUCCUGAUAUCUUGAUAACUCCUGAUAUAUUGAUAAAUCCUGAUAUCUUGAUAACUCCUGAUAUCUUGAUAACUCUUGAUAUCUUGAUAACACCUGAUAUCUUGAUAUCUCCUGAUAUCUUUAUAAAUUCUGAUACCUUGAUAACUCCUGAUAUCUUGAUAACUCCUGAUAUCUUGAUAACUCCUGAUAUCUUGAUAAAUCCUGAUAUCUUGAUAACUCCUGAUAUCUUGUUAACUCCUGAUAUCUUGAUAACUCCUGAUAUCUUGAUAACUCUUGAUAUCUUGAUAACUCCUUAUAUCUUGAUAACUCUUGAUAUCUUGUUAACUCCUGAUAUCUUGAUAACUCCUGAUAUCUUGAUAACUCCUGAUAUCUUGAUAACUCCUGAUAUCUUGAUAACUCCUGAUAUCUUGAUAACUUCUGAUAUCUUGAUAAAUCCUGAUAUCUUGAUAACUUCUGAUAUCUUGAUAACUGCUGAUAUCUUGAUAAUUAUAUUAUCUGUUCAGUGGAUAUUUUAAAAUCGAAGUAUAAAAUCUUCGUUAAGAUUAAACACUGAAAUGAAAUUCAGAUAAUUCUGUUCACAAUUAAAGAAUCAAUAUUUUGCUCGAAAAAAAUAUAAACAUUUUCAUACAAAUUUAUAUCAGUAAAACACAACAAAUUUACUUAACUUAAAAACUUUAUUUUCACAGAAUAAUUGUUUCAUGCAUCUCUGGAUGCAAUCUUUUGUAUGUUCAAAAUACAGGGUUACCCACAAAAAACGAGACUCAGUUUUAUAAUAUCUUCAUUUAUAAGUCUGCUAAAUGAUUGAGCAAGAAAGAAAAAUUUUAAGCUACAGCGAACUAUCACUGUAAGAGAAAAACUGAUAGAAUUCUAUGUAGUCUUCUGUUAAGUCUCAUCCUUUAUGGUUAUCCCUGUAUAAUAUGUGUGAAUGUAAAUAUAUAUAAAUAUUUUUAUAGAUGUUAUAUGCAUAUAAUGAUGUAUCAGCAAAUCUCUUGAUCAUAUCGUAUCUUGAACCCUGGACCAUGAUGUUCUAAAUAUUAAAACUAAAUUGUACUUUU